CCGAGGGUGACGCGUGGCGUAAACUACACUGACGACCUGCGCCUGUCACCACCCCCCGGGGUUAGUAGCAGAGGAGGAGCGGGCGCCAUGGCGGUUCUCCUGGAGACCACUUUGGGCGACGUCGUCAUCGACUUGUACACCGAGGAGCGGCCGCGUGCCUGCUUGAAUUUCUUGAAAUUGUGCAAAAUAAAAUACUACAAUUAUUGCCUUAUUCACAAUGUACAGAGGGAUUUUAUCAUACAAACUGGUGAUCCUACAGGGACUGGCCGUGGAGGAGAGUCUAUUUUUGGCCAACUGUAUGGUGAUCAAGCAAGCUUUUUCGAGGCAGAAAAAGUCCCAAGAAUUAAGCACAAGAAGAAAGGCACAGUGUCCAUGGUGAACAAUGGCAGUGAUCAACAUGGAUCUCAGUUUCUCAUCACUACAGGAGAAAAUCUAGAUUACCUUGAUGGUGUCCAUACAGUGUUUGGUGAGGUUACAGAAGGAAUGGAUAUAAUUAAGAAAAUUAAUGAGACCUUUGUUGACAAAGACUUUGUACCGUAUCAGGAUAUCAGGAUAAAUCAUACGGUGAUUUUAGAUGAUCCAUUUGAUGACCCUCCUGAUUUAUUAAUCCCUGAUCGAUCACCAGAACCUACAAGGGAACAAUUAGAUAGUGGUCGAAUAGGAGCAGAUGAAGAAAUUGAUGAUUUCAAAGGACGAUCAGCUGAGGAAGUAGAAGAAAUAAAGGCAGAAAAAGAGGCUAAAACUCAGGCUAUACUUUUAGAGAUGGUGGGAGACCUACCUGAUGCAGAUAUUAAACCUCCAGAAAAUGUGCUGUUUGUGUGUAAAUUGAACCCAGUGACCACAGAUGAGGAUCUGGAAAUAAUAUUCUCUAGAUUUGGGCCAAUAAGAAGUUGUGAAGUUAUCCGGGACUGGAAGACAGGAGAGUCCCUCUGUUAUGCUUUUAUUGAAUUCGAAAAGGAAGAAGAUUGUGAGAAAGCGUUCUUCAAAAUGGACAAUGUACUUAUAGAUGACAGAAGAAUACAUGUGGAUUUUAGCCAGUCUGUUGCAAAGGUUAAGUGGAAAGGAAAAGGUGGGAAAUACACCAAGAGUGAUUUCAAGGAAUAUGAAAAAGAACUGGAUAAACCAUCUAAUUUGGUUCUGAAAGAUAAAGUAAAGCCCAAACAGGAUGCAAAAUAUGAUCUUAUACUAGAUGAGCAGGCCGAAGACUCAAAAUCAAGUCACUCACACACAAGUAAAAAACACAAGAAGAAAACCCGUCACUGCUCUGAAGAAAAAGAAGAUGAGGACUACAUGCCAAUCAAAAAUCCUAAUCAGGAUAUCUAUAGAGAAAUGGGGUUUGGUCACUAUGAAGAAGAAGAAAGCUGUUGGGAGAAACAGAAGAGUGAGAAGAGAGACCGAACUCAGAACCAAAGUCGUAGCCGAUCUCGAGAGAGGGAUGGCCAUUAUAGUAAUAGUCACAAAUCCAAAUACCAAACAGAUCUUUACGAAAGAGAAAGGGGUAAAAAGAGAGACCGAAGCAGAAGUCCAAAGAAAUCCAAAGAUAAAGAAAAAUCUAAGUACAGAUGAAAGAUGAAGAGGCAGAAUCGAGUGGCUAACAUAUUUACUCUUGUCUAACUUAGAGUGCCAGGAAAGCAGAUGCUUAGAUUUUGUGUCAAAGCUUGUUAUUUUUUUUUUCAUACUAGGAUUGUGGCCCUUUAGAUUAAUACUGAUUAUAUAGGGCACUGAAAAAUAAAGAACUGAACAUUUUCUUUGUAUACUUUUUUACACUAAUUUUAUUGUUAAACAUAAAUGGUAGUCUUCAUUUUUGAAAUCUUUUACAUUUUCACUCUUUUUUUAAUGAAGUAUUUCAUACUACAAAAAUACAUAAGCAUGUAUAUAUAAAGUAAAGGGAUAAUAGAUGUAAAUAUCUGUGUCCUCAUCAGCCAGCUUAAGAUACAGAAUAUUGCCUCCAUUUUAGAAGUCCCUUAAGUGUCCUCUCCCUCUCAAGUAAUUAUUUGGAAUUUUGUGUUUGUCAUUUGCUUAUUAUAGUUUUACAACAUAUGUAUGUAUCUGUAAAUGAAGUGUUAAUUUUGUAUGUUUCUGGAUUUUAUAUAAAUGGCAAAAUGUUUACUUCUGUGACUUUCUUUGAUUUUUAUUGCUAUGUAGUAUUAUAUGAAUAUACUACAGCUUUUCUCUUGAUGGACAUUUGAGUUCUGUUUAUUUUUGCUAUUGAAAAAAUGCUGCUGUGAACAUUGUCUAGGAAUUAUAUUGUUCGAUAUGUUGAUAAAAUAAUGCCAAAUU